AGCUGGAAGACUUUCCAGACGACUUAAUUAUAAGUCGUCUGUGAAGUCUUUUCUUUCCAUCUUUCUUAAUCCGUCAAAUAUCUAAGUUCAUAUUUUCUAUUUACUGCAGACUAGGGUGAUCAACUUUAUUCAAAAGGACACUGGUGAAAUGUUUCCAAAAUGGGAGUUUGAUGUUGAGGACCCGCUCGCGGAGAACAUAAUUAAACUCAUGUUUGUGAAGAAACCGUGGAAGUGGACCAUGGAUUGCUGGGAAGUCACCGGUACUUGGGUCAAUACAAAGUCGGCGGUUGUGAGUCCAGCGAAGAAAAAGGUAGUGAAGGAAGACAGUCCAAGACCUCGGAAGAAAGCUCGUAAAGAGGCACCUGCUGAAGCUAGUGAAGAGGCAGCUGCAGAGGCUAGUGAAGAGGCAGCUGCAGAGGGUAGUGAAGAGGUGACUACGACUGUUGGUGGUUUGACCGAAGAGGAUAUUAAAACUAUGUUCAAGGACAUAGCUGAUGCCAUGAGGGAAGGGUUUGGGACGUGCCUUAAGGAGAUCAAGUAUCUGUCGGAAAGGGUGGAAGCUGUGGAGAAGAAGGUUGGUAUCACCACAAAACGGAAAGGGACAUCAUCUCAAAACACUACCUCUCCACCUAAACCGACGCUCGAACCCGGGGUUAAUAACAAAUCCUUGGAUUUUAUAUAUGUAUUUUGUUUCAUGUUUGAAGACACUCAUUGGUUAUUAUUGUAUAAACCCAUCUUGUAUAUUGCAGAGUGAAAGUGUCAAUGGGAUGAACGCGGGAAGGAAGAGCUUGGCGGAGGAUAAAGGUCCAGAUAUGCCCGCAGCUGUGCCCGCAGAUGCUAGUUCCUCGGAAGAUAAAGCUCCAGAACCGAGCCUUGUUCUAUUGGACAAAAAUCAAUCCACUGUUUCAGAUUUGCAGAAAGAGGAUGCUAGAUAUCUAGAAAAGAAGGAUGCUGCUUUGGCACUUUGCCGUGCAAAGAGUGAUCGAACAAGGAAACUUGUCCGAUCACAGAAAUCUCCUUAUACGGCAAACAGGACGGCCAGAGUGAUCAUUUCAAACAAAAAUCUUUAUCCAGGCUAUAAUCCUUUUGCACCAAUUGACAAGAAUAAGUUGAGGGAGCUCGCUGAGUGGUUGAAAUCUUGUCCGUAAGUGUUUGCUUUUCACAUAAUAGCUUGCUUUUUACAUAAUAGCUUGCUUUUCCCAUAAAACCUGAUUGCUUUUCAACAUUUUGUGUUUGCAGUUAUUAUAGAACAGCUCUCGAUAAAAAACCACGUAAAAGUAGAACUUGGUGGUAUCAAAUCCUCCGAACCUCCCUAGAGUGGCUGGAGGACUGUGUAAGUCUUCUGCUAUGACGUAGACAACUUACUUGUAAGUCGUCUGGUAAGUCAUCUACGUAGAAGACUUACCACUAAGUCGUCUGAUAUCUUCUGACUUGUACUUUAUUUUAUAUACAGCAUAUUGAUGCUUGGAUAAAUGUGCUGAGGAAGAGGUACAACGCUAACCCACAACAUUUCAGGAGCGAGAGAAUGUGCUUCCUUGAUCAUCUCUUUGCUCAGCAAUGGAGAUUCAACUUCAAGGAUUUUAAGGACUCGAAGUCCGAUCAAAACGGUUUAGGAAGAAGACUCCCUGGUGGGGCGUGGAAUUAUUAUGCAGGCACUAUACCAUCAUUUUGCCAAUCGAACAAGAUUUGGGGGACGGAUAUUGAUGAUAUCUAUGCUCCAGUAAACUUCGCCGACAGUCACUGGAUUGCUAUUUGGAUAUCGAUCCCUAAGAGGCACAUAGUCGUCUUUGACAGCAUUUGUUCCAGUAUCUCCCCAGAAGAACUCGAUGUGGUAAUGGAGCCUUUUCUCUACAUGGUCCCUUAUCUGCUUGUUGAGUGCGCUUCCUCAGACGAACUACGUGCCCAAUACAGCCUGGAGCCAUUCACAUAUGAGAGACCGACCAAUAUACCUCCGGCCCGAGCUGGUGAUUGUGGCGUGUACACUCUAAAGUACAUUGAAUGUCAUGCUCUUGGGAUCGAGUUUAGUAAAAAAGACUUUGCUAAGGCCAACGGGAAGAGUAUGAGGGAUAAGAUGGCAGUGGAUAUAUUUCAAGAGCUUCCUGACGCGCAUGAGUUCGAAAACAAGGACAUGGAUGACAUCCUGGGUACGUAUGACGGGUGAUAAACAGGCCAC